AGGUAGAUCAGGCUGGCCUUGAACUCGCAGCCAUCUGCCUACCUCUGCCUCCGGAGUGCUGAGAGCAAAGGCGUGCGCCACCAUGCCCAGUCUGUGUAUUUUUGCUUCUCUCACAGGCUACAGCUCUCAGUCCACGACGACUCAGACCUCCCCAGGAGACCAACCUUCCUCAGGGCCCGGCAGUUCAAGGCUUCUGCUUAGCACCACUUCCCCAGAAAUUCUACAGAAGGCCUCACAAGUCUCCUUCGUAUCCAGUCAGCCUGUAACGCCCAGGCCAAGCACCACGGAUAGUCACACCCUUUCCUUGCCUGGCCUGACAUCACUACAGCCACAGAAGCACACACUGGGACUUGGUGCAGGCACGGGAACCCCAGACAGCGGUGGCGGUGGCAGCAGCAGCAGCACUGUCAACAGCACAAGAGGAGAAAUGUCUCUGAAUGCUACUGCCAGUUCAGUAACCACAAGCCUGCAGACAAUGGAAGAUGUGAACAUCCAGCCCAGCCCCACACCACAGCCAAUGAUAACUGUGAUGGCCUUUGGUGUUAUCAGCUUCAUUGUCAUCCUGGUGGUUGUGGGGAUAACCUUAGCCAGUGUGGUCAGUCUAAGGUUUAUGUGUCGGAAGAACAAGGAGUCUGAAGAUCCACAGAAACCAGGCAGUUCAGGGCUUUCGGAAAGCCGGUCCACAGCCAAUGGAGAGAAAGACAGCAUCACCCUCAUCUCCAUGAAGAAUAUCAACAUGAAUAACAGCAAAGGCUGCAGUGCAACGGAAAAGAUUCUCUAAAAGUGACCCGGAGUCCCUAUGGGUCACAAUGUGAUGCAGCUGCCCAGUGACCACGAGGAAGAAGAGAUGAGAUGAGAUUGCUGGAGGCAAGAGUCGGCAUAUAAGUUAUUUUGUUUCGUGUCUGCCCCAGCUCUAAAGGACAUUGCAUUCCUCUAGGAUCAGAAACAGCGCACCGUGUGAGAGACUCCAUCCCAGUACAAGCCACUCUAGCAUUUGGCCUGCUCUUCCUCCUCCUCAGAGACUAAGGAACGAGGAGUCAAUAGAGCAAGAGUCAAGGAAGGAAUGAGGUAGACUGAUCGAUUCUGCUCACAUUAAAGUUGUUUUUCUGGC